AUGCAAGCAGUAUCAAGUUCUCGCCGAGUCUCCCGGCUCUUGAAAUCUCCGAUUUUCCUUUCAUUUCAUCUUCGAAGCACCGAACAACCGUUUCUCUCAGGGAUUGCGCAACGCAAUUACAGUUCCGGAGUUGAUAAUGUUGAAGAAACUCCAACAGAAGCUGUGAAGGAUCUUUAUGAUAAAAUGCUUCAGUCUGUAAAUGUUAAACGAUCCAUGCCUCCAAAUGCUUGGCUAUGGUCAAUGAUUGAGAAUUGUAAACACCGUCACGAUAUUAGUCUUCUCUUUGACGUUUUGCAGAACCUCCGCAGAUUCAGGUUGUCGAAUCUUCGCAUACACGAUGACUUUAACUGCAGUCUCUGCCGGGAAGUUACAAAAGCAUGUGUUCAUGCAGGAGCCCUUGAUUUUGGAAAGAAGGCUUUGUGGAAGCAUAAUGUCUAUGGAUUGGCGCCGAGUGUUGCUUCAGCCCACCAUAUAUUGACAUAUGCUAAGAAUCACAAUGAUACUAAUCUAUUGGUGGAAGUAAUGAAACUUUUGAAUAGGAAUGAUUUACCAUUGCAACCGGGCACGGCAGAUAUAGUUUUCAGCAUCUGUCACAAUACAGAUGAAUGGGAGUUGAUUAAUAAGUACGCGAAAAGGUUUGUUAAGGCUGGUGUAAAACUACGACAAACCUCAUUUGAAACAUGGAUGAGAUUUGCUGCCAAAAGAGGAGACACUGAGUCAUUAUGGAAAAUAGAAAAGUUGAGAUCUGAUUCAAUGAAGAAGCACACUUUGGCAACUGGGUUUUCUUGCGCCAAGGGCCUUUUAUUGGAACGUAAACCUAGUGAUGCUGUUGCCAUCAUUCAAGUUCUAAAUUUGACUUUGUCUGAUGCCAAAAAGUCAGGCAUGAAGGAUGAACUUCAGAAACUUGUAUCUGAGUGGCCUUUGGAAGUUCUUAAGUACAAAAAAGAAGAGGAAAGAAAGACAUUAGCAGCCUCUUUGAAAUCUGAUAUCCUUGACAUGGUUAAUAAUUUGGACACGGGACUUGAGGCUAACAUAAGUUUGGAAGACCUAAACCAAAGAGAGAGCAUUCCACAAUAG